AUGGAUAUUCCCGACCCGCCGCCGCCCCCAUACUCCGAGACGGAUAUCUACUCUAGUGGUCAUUCCAAUCAGGCUAUUGAUGGCACCGAUGCUCGGUAUUGUGACCCGUCCAGCUGGCCGCCUGGCCGCCCAGACUCUUCAGCCUCAUUAUCUCAACUUCAGCCUGCUGCCGCCCUUUCACCCAGCAACCAGAGUGAGGUGAAUCUCACUCCAUCCGCAAGUGACCGCCGUAACAACUCAGUCAGCGAGUCAUCCUUUCCGGUCUCCUCGCUCUCAUCAGCGGCAGCACACGAUUACUUCGAAACUCGUCCACUACCUAGGGGCUUCUUUCAGGAUCAUCACGUUACUCAGACAAUUUCUCUCAUAUCAACCUCUCGUCCAGAUGAUUUCCCCUACAGACGGGAAUGGGCUAAGCGCGAUGUGAGUCCGUCAGACUGGCAGACCUUCCUGAACUUUCUACUGCCCAAUCACGCCACUGCACGUAACGAAGCCGUCAUUGAUCGCAAGCUGCUCGCCGAGACAGACAGCACCACGGGUUCUGCCUCCAGCGGCCGGGCUCAUCCCUCAGUGCACCUCAACCAGCUUCGUCGGGCUUCAGCCGCUGACGUAGCAGUGGGAUCGCCUGCCCUUGGUGUGAAGCGUGAAGCAGAGGCCGUCACAGCAGAAUGGAACGCAUACUUUUUCCAACCCCGAGCCAUGUGGGUGCGACUGGCCUUCGAGCCGCCUCGCCUGCAACAUCAAGCCGAAUACAGUCCUCAUAUGCCUGGCGCAUGGGAUUCCUCAUUUGAUCAUCACAGCCCCCAUCACCUAGGCCGGCCUAUGCCUCCUUCUCUGCCACCGAACCAGCCUCUAUUUUUCCAUCCCUACUGGGCCCCCCAACCACAGCAGCAGUUACAGCCGGCGCGAGUUUCACCGAGUGGUUUUAACUUUGCUGGUAUCAAACUCAACGACGAAGGCUUCUCCAUUGGCAACAGGUUCGUCGUGGAUCGCAACGGCGUUCGCGUCGGUGGACUGGUUGCCGAUACCAAUGGCGUCAGCUACCGAGACAACGUCAUCGCUGGGCCAGGCAUGUUCAGUGGAGGAUUCAACCAUGGCUACCCGGGAACCGUACAUCACAACACCCAUCCGUACGUACAACACGGCCCGCAGGUUAAUACUUGUUACUCGAGGCCGGUGCAGGCACCGGGAUUGCCUCCUGGGCCAGGCUCACUUCCUGGGUCAUUCCCAAUAGAUGAUCAGAAACCACACAUGAAUCACUAUCCACUUGUUCGCAUCCCUCCCCUGAGCCUGCCCGUACAGCAGCAUCAGCGCAGAGAAUCUGGGUCCUCGACCGGCUCAGGGUCACCAGCAAGCUCCGACUCAUCGCUCAGUUCUCUGCCGGAUCAUGACGACCUCAGUGUCUCGCAAUUUCCCGUCUUCCAUAGAACGCUGCACGCAUGGUUGAUAAAGCCCGAAGAACACAUUACGAAGCAGAAUGUUCAACGUCUCAAAGCUGAAUUGGCCGAAGCCAAGCGGACACGCUCAGAGUACCCAUCUCAGAAUGUCGACAGCAAGGUCAUGCGUGCCGAUAUUAAAAGUCUAUCGCAAGCAUUCCGCGCGCUGAAGAGGGCACAGCGAGGUAUACGGAGAGGGCGCAGACGGGAAAGGAGGGCGAGGGAAAAGGCUGAGCGAAAGGAGUGGCGGGGGCAGAGGCACGGGAGUGGUGUUGCCUCUGGGGCAGGAGGAAAUCCGUGGGGCUUACCGGGGCCGGCACCUCUGACCGUUCCGCCGCGGGUACUGCCACUGGGGCCGGGUCCGAUGACGUGUCCACCGGGCGGUUUUCCUCCUGGGGCGCUCAUCCAGGGGUGCCCCAAGCCAGAGGCUGGCCUAGAGUUGCCGACCAGGGGCAGCUUGGACCUGGCAGUCAAGGUUGUCAGGCAACAGACGUUCUACACCAGACAUCGCAGGUUAAGUUCCGCCAAGUAG